GGGGGCAGGUGCCCUCCAUGCACACCAGAUCCCCUAUCCAGGCCCCACUUCUGCUGCAGGAACCCCAGGGCAAACCCACUGCCCCCAGCCUGGGCCAGGGUUCCAAGGGCUCCCAGAAGAGACAGGUGCCCUGGUUGUCUCAGGUUUUCUGCUGCCUGCCAGCUGGCUCCAGCCAUGGACACCCAAUCACUGGUAGGCCUGAAUAUUUCAAGCUGUGCUAUGGCUCAGGUGACACCUUGCAGGGGGCUGUAUCCCAGCCCAGGGGUUUUGGGCUGGGGUAGAGGGCAGCCUAGUGAAACAAGAAGCAGACAGAGGCAACAGCAAGAACAGACUUAGAGCAGCCCCAGCACCAUUCUGAACCUCCUCCAGUUGCCUCAAAGCCUGCUGAAUCACUAGGCAAGAAACUUGUAGCUGGUCCCUCCCUGCCCAUCUUCAUUGCCCUAAAUUUCAAGAGCUUCUGACUGUCCCAGCAAAGGUAGGCCCCAAGACACUGCUGACAGUAAACAUGUCCUCUCUCUACCAGUUUUCAUCUAGUCAGAGAUGCCCAAGGCAUAUUCCCCACCUGAGGGGCAGAGUUAAGGGGACUUCAGCAUAGAAGCAGGAGGUAGGUACAGCAAGCCUCCCACAGUUUACAUGGCUCACCCAUGAAGUGACACCACCACCAGGUUUAUGUCUCAGUCCCACGCGAUGAAAAUACAUGUGGUGAACCCAUGUGGCUGCUUCUGGGCCAUUGCCUCCUCUCUCAGGGGCCUUUUCUACCCAGCAGUCAGGGACUGUAUCCCAACAUCCAUCAGCUGGAGGAUGCCACCAUCCUGCCAGGCACCACCCAAGCUGAGGGACGCAGAGGCAGCCAAGUGCAUCCCAACAAGGAGCUGGGUUGUACACAACACAGCCCCUCUGAUGCAUCUAUCUGGCUAAUUCCUGGCAGUCAGUGUCAGGUCGUCUGAGGUCUCAACAGUAAACAGGUCCCCGCUAGGUGUUACAUAUAUUGCACAAAUCCCUGGUUCAUCAUUUAGACUGGCUCCAUGUGAAAAUUCCUCAUCGCACCAUAAAUAUCAUGCCUUCCAGCUAUAAACCGAGCCAAGCAGCUACAAAGUUAGUGUUUGAAAAUGUGUCACAUGGUCGCUGGUUUCUCUCAAGCUUUAAUUCAAACAUGCACCCAGAGAUUCAAUGCAUGAAAGACCCCAGGCUGAAGCCAGAGGAAGUGGUAACCCUGGAAUUCAUACCAAAAGGACCAGGGCAUAUAAUUCCUUCCUGACCCCAAUGCAGCAUGAGGUUGACCCCAAACAGAGGGGUGAGAUGGAACCCCCUGCUGCAAGUCGCAAUAUUGCCCAGCAUUACCGAGUGAGGCAAACCCCCCAUGAACCUGCAGUUCACCACGACUUGUGUGUUUAUUCUGGAACCUACUGCUGACACUUAAGGAAGGAUAUCUUUCCGGCCUGACAAAGCCCAGAAGCCUAGGGGCAGCAAAGAACAACAACCCCACCCCCAAUUCCCUGUGCUAGUGCGUUAAUUGCUCCCCAUUUGUUGCUCACGCCUAAUGCUCAGUUGCGAAGGCAAGGCGUGGAGUGAGUACGGCUAAACUUCCCACUCAAAGGAGCACUCUAGCCCCCAAGAGAUAGCUUUAUGAUGCAAAGUACGCCCGCUGCACUUCCGUCUCCAUAGUACUGAAAGAGCCGCUCUUGCUCUACCUGCGUCUUCAUCUGUCUAGGCCGCCCUACUUCCGGCCUGCUUCUCUAUAGUUCCUCCGCGGCCACUCUGGCCGUAUAACUCUAUGGUGCAGUUAAAGGGCUCGCGAUGCUGCUCACGGUGAAGGCGCUGCAGGGUCGGGAGUGCAGUCUCCAGGUGCGAGAGCCCCGGAGCGUUGUGGAGGAGGGACAAGAUGAGCACCGGCUCUCAGACUACGCCAUUGGCCCUGAGUCCAAGCUGAACCUGGUAAUCAAGCCACCAGAGAAGGCAUCACCUGAGGAGACUGGGUGUAAAGGCUCCUCUCCUGCCACAGCCUUCCCCACCCUCUGGCCCCAGCUCACCCAGGUCCUGGCACGGCAUUUUAGCACAGCUGACAUGGAGAAGGUGCUGGAGCAGCUGCAAAAGGACUAUGACCGCAGCCUUCGCCUCCUGAGCCUGGAUGACAUAGAGCGCUUGGCCACCCGGAUCCUGCACCCUGACACACCUGACAUGUUGGAGAUGGGCUUUCUGGACUAGCCCCCAGGGGGGGAAGGGAGGGGCAGCCCCCCUCCCCUCUGCUGCCCCUGUUCCUACUCUGAACUGCUGCUAAUAAGCUGGUGGCCAAUGUAACCUUUCUCCUUCCCACAAUUAAAGGUGAUGGUGAAUACAAGA